CUCUCUCUCUCUCUCAUUUACCCGCCAAGAGUCUGUCCCAAGCAAACACACACAGUCACACACACACACUCUCUCUCUCUCACUCUCUCUCUCUCUCUCUCGUAGCUAUGCAAGGAGGACAAGUGGCGGUUGAAGGGCCAGUACUCCGACUAGCCUCCGUUCUUACUCCCUCAAAACCGAAGUUUUUCCCGUCCCUGACGAAAGUAGUUGGAACCCUCGGACCAAAUUCACGAUCGGUUGAAGUAAUUGAGGCAUGUCUAGAGGCAGGAAUGUCAGUUGCGCGUUUUGAUUUUUCGUGGUUAGAUGAAAACUACCACCAGGAAACUCUCGACAAUUUAAGAGUAGCUGUGAAGAAUGUGAAGAGGCUAUGCGCUGUUAUGCUAGAUACUAUGGGUCCGGCACUUCAGGUACGCAAUAAGUCUGGGAACCCAAUUGAGCUGAUGGCCGGGAAUCAGGUGACUAUUACUCCAGAUGUUACCAGAGAGCCAUCAGCAGAGAUCUUACCAGUUAACUAUUUGGGGCUUGCGAAUGCGGUAAUCAAAGGUGAUACCAUCUUCGUGGGGCAGUACCUCUUCACAGGAAUUGAAACCACCUCUAUAUGGUUAGAGGUUUUGGAGACAAGGGGUAAGGAUAUCCUAUGUCUAGUGAAGAACAGCGCAACCCUUCAAGGAUCUAUUUUUACCAUGCAUGCAUCACAAGUUCACAUCGAUUUGCCUACUUUAACUGACGUUGACAGACAGGCUAUUUCAAAUUGGGGGUCCCGCAACAAAGUCGACUUCAUUUCACUUUCGUACACACGGCAUGUAGAAGAUGUUCGAGAGCUCAGAGCUUUCAUUAAAGCUCAGAAUCUCCACGAAACUCAGAUAUUCGCCAAGGUUGAGACGGUAGAGGGAUUGAGACAUUUUGAUGAUAUCCUUGAGGAAGCAGAUGGCAUUAUCCUUUCUAGAGGGAAUUUGGGAAUUGACUUACCUCCAGAAAAGGUUUUCUUGUUUCAGAAGUCUGCCAUUCAUAGGUGUAACAUGAUUGGAAAACCUGUCAUUAUUACUCGAGUGGUCGAUAGUAUGACUGCAAAUCUACGACCAACUCGUGCGGAAGCAACAGAUGUUGCCAAUGCUGUUCUUGAUGGAGCCGAUGGUAUAUUAUUGGGACCAGAAACACUUCGGGGCAUGUAUCCGAUUGAGGCUAUAAAAACUGUGGGGAGAAUUUGUGCUGAAGCUGAAGUUGUUUGUAAUCAGUCUCUUCAAUUCAAGAGAGUAGCCAAACAUGUUGGAGAGCCAAUGUCUCAUGCAGAAUCUGUAGCGUCAUCAGCGGUACAUACAGCUACUAAAGUCAAGGCUGCCAUGAUUGUCGUGUUCACUUCUUCCGGCGGAGCAGCAAGGUUGAUUGCAAAGUAUAGGCCAUCAGUGCCAGUGUUUGCUGUUGUCAUCCCUCGACUCAGUACGAACUCAUUGAAAUGGACUUUCACUGGUUCAUCACAGGCUAGGCAAUUGCUUGGUGUAAGAGGAGUCUACCCUAUUUUGGCCAGUCCUAAUGUGGCUACCUCAGGUGGUUCUAGUGAAGAAUCUGGCUUGAAACUUGCCCUUGAUCAUGGAAAAACUAUGGGGUUACUGAAACCUAAUGACCAGGUGGUUGUCUUUCAAAAGAUUGGGGAUUCUUCGGUUGUCAAAAUCGUUGUAUUUCAAGACCAGCUACACAGUUAAUCCUAACUGCUGUGUACUCUCUUUUUUUUUUUUGACAAACCUUGCCAAUAUUUCUAUUUCUCAUGUUUGCUUGUAGAAAGUUUAUAUCCAUCUCAAAACCAAUUGGCAAAGAGUGGAGAGGUCCCAAAUGUUAUUAAGUGAUCACCUAUUCCACUCCCAAGCAAUGUGGGAUUUAAUUCCUUAACAUCCCCCCUCACGUGCAGCCGCGUUUGAGGUCUGUCACGUGUGGCCACUUUUGGGUCCUAUCAUCGUGCAGCCUUUUCGCUGGUCUGUCAUCGCGGGGUGUGGAUUGUUAAUUUUUAAAAUGUGGGGUGGAACGGGCCCCGCUCUGAUACCAUGUAGAAACUUUAUAUCCAUCUCAAAACCAAUUGGCAAUGAGUUGUAUAGUUACAUAUCUGAGGCUGUCAAUGCUACAUUCCAUUUCCUUCUUUUAAGGUGUACUAUCACGAUACUCAGGUCUGUUCCCUGAGUUUCCUGUCAGCUAUAUUUAUCCACCAGGUUCGUUCAAGGGUAAUGUGGAAGGAGUUAGCUAGUGUUAUGAUUUUUCUUCGUAGCGUUCAAGGGUGCUUUAGUUGUUAUACACAACAGCUGAUAUAGCUCUUGUACUCUCUCGAUUUGAACCAUAGUUAUAAUUAGCAGGAGUGGUGGAUGUAUUCAAAAUACACAGUUGGGGAACCACGUAUCUAUUUACGUGUCUUGAGAUUCUUUA